AGGAUAUUCACGCUGCUUUUCUCAUCCCUGAUCGGCUCGACGUUCCUCGCCGCCCUCCUCGUCGCGCCGGCCGUCCUGCUCGUAUUCUUCUGGUACAAGCGCGAUGAGACAGCGUACCGGCACCGUGUCACCGUCAACGUCGAGGCGUGGCUCUUCUGGGCUGCAGCCAAUCUGCUCGUCUCUUGGACGCUGGCUAUGAUCAUCGACGUCAUACCCUCGCUCGCCAGGUUCCUGCUCAAUGCGUUCUGGGGUCACGUGCCCGCAUACAUCGAAUCGCGGAUCGAGAUAUACAACCACACGAAAAACGCGGUCAAGCCGAUUUUCUACGCGGCGAGCGGCUGGGUAUCCUGGAUCAUCAUAUUCGACCACAUCUUCCACAUGUACCCGGGCACUGAUUCACGGCAUGCCAAUCACGAGGCGUACACCGACACUCUGUACCAAGUGGUCGAGUUUUUCUUCUUCCUCACGCUCGUGCUCAGCCUGCAGCGGCUGCUCUCGCUGCUCAUCGCAUUCGCGUUUCACCGCAGGGCCUUCCAGGAGCGCAUCGAUGCCGUGCACGAGACCCUCCGCGUCGUCGAGCAGCUGCGCGCCUAUGCGCCGAAGCAGCUCCGCGCGGGGAAUCUGGCGGCGCAAUUCUGGAGUGGGUUUACCCCGCCUGUUCUGGACAGGGAUGGCUUCGGCUUCGCACCCAAGCGCUUUGCACCCAGUCGGCAGCAGUCCGCCGGCUCCGUGGUGGAUGACCACCGAUAUCCGCCGACCCGGGGCGAUCCCGAUGCCACUCUGGUGGGGACGGCGGCCAAGGCUCUCAAAGACGUCGUGCUACAUGACGCAAGGAACAUCAAGGGGGAAGAUGAGGCCGGUUAUCUGCAGCUCAACUCGCCGUCUGAAGCCAAGCGACUGGCGCGUACCAUCUUCACCGCCCUCAAACACCCGUCGCGCAACUACCUGCUCCCGCGCGACUUCGAGCCGGCUUUCGGCGGCAGCGCACGCGCCGCGGACGCCGCGUUCCGCGUGUUCGACGCGGACAACAACGGGGACCUCUCGCGCGCGGAGGUGAAGACGACGCUGCUCAAGAUGUGCAAGGAGCGGCGGGCGCUCGCGCGGUCGAUGCAGGACGUCGGGGAGGCGAUGGCGACGCUCGACCAGCUGCUGCUGCUCGGCGCGCUGGGCGUGCAGUUCUUCCUCAGCCUGAGCAUCUUCGGCGUCGACAUCGCGUCCAGCCUGUCGAGCAUCUACACGCUGGGCAUCGGCGCGAGCUUCGUCUUCCGCGCGGCUGCGAGCGGCGCGUUCGACGCGAUCGUGUUCCUGUUCGUCACGCAUCCGUUCGACACGGG